AUGAUGAUGCUGGUGUUGGUAGUGAUGGUGAUGAUGCUGGUGAUAGUGAUGACAAUGAUGCUGGUGGAGGUAGUGACGAUGAUGAUGGUGGUGGUGGUUUUGUUGAUGAUGCUGGUUGUGAUGCACCACCAGCCUCAACAGCACCACCAGCCCAACAGCCCCAACAGCACCACCAGCCCCAACAGCACCACCAGCCCCACCAGCCCCAACAGCACCACCAGCCCCACCAGCCCUAACAGCACCACCAGCCCUAACAGCACCACCAGCCUCAACAGCACCACCAGCCCCCACAGCCCUAAUAGCACCACCAGCCUCAACAGCCCCAACAGCACCACCAGCCCCAACAGCACCACCAGCCCCAACAGCACCACCAACCCCAACAGCACCACCAGCCCUAACAGCACCACCAGCCCCAACAGCACCACCAGCCUCAGCAGCACCACCAACCCCAACAGCACCACCAGCCUCAACAGCCCCAACAGCACCACCAGCCCCAACAGCACCACCAGCCUCAACAGCCGCAAUAGCACCACCAGCCUCAACAGCCCCAACAGCACCACCAGCCUCAACAGCCUCAACAGCACCACCAGCCCCAACAGCACCACCAGCCCCAACAGCACCACCAGCCCCAACAGCACCACCAGCCUCAACAGCACCACCAGCCCCAACAGCACCACCAGCCUCAACAGCCCCCCAAGCACCAGCCCCCAAGCACCAGCCCCCAAGCACCAGCCCCCAAGCAUCUAUAAUAGAGGCUUUAAUUUGGAGCCUACUGCCACCACCACCACCACCACUAACUCCACCUCUACUGCCACCACCACCACUAACUCCACCACCACCACCACCACCACCACUAACUCCACCACCACCACCACUAACUCCACCACCACCACUAACUCAACCACCACCACCACUAACCCAACCACCACCACCUCUACCUCUACUGCCACCACCACCACUAACUCCACCACCACCACUAACUCCACCACCACCACCAACUCCACCACCUCUACUGCCACCACCACCACCACCACUAACUCCACCUCUACUGCCACCACCACCACUAACUCGUCCACCACCACCACCACUAACUCCACCACCACCUCUACCACCACCCCAACCACCACCACCUCUACCUCUACUGCCACCACCACCACUAACUCCACCACUACCACCACCACUAACUCCAUCACCACCACAAACUCCACCACCACCACCACUAACUCCAACACCACCACCUCUACCUCUACUGCCACCACCACCACUAACUCAUCCACCACCACCUGUACUGCCACCACCACCACUAACUCCACCACCACUAACUCCACCACCACCACCAACUCCACCACCUCUACUGCCACCACCACCACCACCACUAACUCCACCUCUACUGCCACCACCACCAUCACUAAUUCCACCUCUACCACCACCACCUCUACUGCCACUACCACCACCACCACCACCACCUCUACUGCCACUACCACCACCACUACCACCUCUACUGCCACCACCACCACUAACUCCACCACCACCACCACCACCACCACCACCACCACUAACUCCACCUCUACUGCCACCACCACCAUCACUAAUUCCACCUCUACCACCACCACCUCUACUGCCACUACCACCACCACCACCACCACCUCUACUGCCACUACCACCACCACUAACUCCAUCUCUACUGCCAUCACCGACACUAACUCCACCACCACUAACUCCACCACCACUAACUCCACCAUGGCCACCACAAACUCCACCACCACAAACUCCACCACCACCACCACUAACUCCAACACCACCACCACUAACUCCAACACCACCACCACUAAUUUGUGCACCACCACCACUAAAUCCACCACCACCAUCACUAACUCCACCACCACCACCUCUACCUCUACUGCCACCACC